UCAUUCGCGUAGCCUGAGAACAAAUAAAAAGUCAGUGAAGAGAUAAUGCUGGAAGAAAAAUCGAUUUAGCUCGGAAAACCUCGCGUUUAAUUAUAAAAGUUUCAUCUGUGAGCCAUGUUACCAACAUACCAGCGCUUCAACACAUCGAGUUCGGGGAAAAUUCGGUCGUUUCGAGCUUCUGAGAAGAUUUUAAUAUUUCUUGUUUUUAUUUCGUUCUUGGUGAUUGUUCUAUUUGGAUUUUUUUUACUGCCAGAUUUCGGCGGUACAAAUGGUGUGAUUCAAGUGUAUAAUAAGUUUAAGAAAGCAGGGCCAGAAAUAUUUAUUCCGGCUCCUCCAAUUUCUGAUAAAAAUGCAAAAGAUUUCGAUGCUCAAAGACUUCAAGAGAAAAUCAGAUCCGAAUUAGAUUUUGAUGGGCUAGAAAAGCCAGAACUCCAGCUACCAAAUAAAAUUCCCAUCGUUCCAAUACCUGUACCUGACCAUCACAAGAAUCAUCACAAUCGUCAUCAUCAAGAUGAUAAAACCACUCAACAUGCUUCUGAGGUUUAUAUUGUCGAUGGAGCUGAUCAAGAACCAUCGGUUCGUGAGAAAAGGGAUAAAGUAAAGGAGAAUAAAAUAAUAAUAAUGCCAAACACAGUUUUGCUUUCGGCAAUGACCAUGAUGGCCUUCACCGGGAUUACAUUAACAUCACUUAAAUAUCGCAACAAUAAUGACAAUGACUAUUAUGUUGUCACUCAGAAUAUUAGCGACUACGAUGAUGAUUAUUCGUUUGAAAUAUCAGAUCAUGGCCAUUUGAAUCCAAAGAUUAUUUAUAACAAUGAGAUAAUUGAAAAGCGAUCAACAGAAAUAAACAAGCGUUCAGUUGAUGGUUUUCUCCAUCGAUAUUCAAACGUUGAAAGAAAUGUAUCAAUGAUUGAUGUUGUGAAAAGAGAAAAAGUCAAGCAGAUGAUGAUGCACGCUUGGAACAAUUACAAACUUUAUGCGUGGGGUAAAAAUGAACUCAAACCGAUUUCUAAGCGUGCACACACUGGAAGCAUUUUUGGUGCUUAUGAUCUCGGUGCAACAAUUGUUGAUUCACUUGAUACACUUUACAUCAUGGGAAUGAAGCAAGAGUUUGAUGAAAGUCGUGAUUGGGUUGCUAGGAAAUUUACAUUAGACAAUGUUUCAGCUGAUAUCUCUGUGUUCGAAACAAAUAUAAGAUUUGUUGGUGGAUUUCUAGCAGCUUAUGCGUUAACUGGCGACAAUUUAUUCAAAGAAAAAGCGCAAUAUGUCGCUGACAAACUCUUACCAGCUUUUCAAACUCCAACCGGCAUUCCACUGGCAUUGAUAAAUUUUAGAACUGGAAGUAGUAAAAACUAUGGAUGGGCAAGUGGUGGUAGCAGCAUCUUAUCAGAAUUUGGCACAAUUCAUUUGGAGUUCUCUUAUUUGAGUGAUAUCACUGGAAAUUCUGGUUAUCGAGAACGAGUACAAAAUAUUCGAUCAGUGUUGAAAGAACUUGACAAACCUAAAGGAUUAUACCCAAAUUACUUGAAUCCUAAGACCGGAAAAUGGGGACAACAACAUAUGUCGCUCGGUGCUUUAGGUGACAGCUUUUAUGAAUAUCUCUUGAAAGCAUGGCUUCAAUCGGGCCAAACUGAUGAAGAAGCUCGUGAAAUGUAUGACGAAGCAAUGUCAGCGAUAAUGGAGCACAUGGUGAGAAAAAGUCCCAAUGGACUUACUUACGUGUCAGACUUGAAGUUUGAUCGUUUGGAGCAUAAAAUGGAUCACUUGGCAUGUUUUGCUGGUGGUCUCUUUGGUCUUGGAUCAAGGACACUUCAAAACCAGUACACUGACAGAUAUAUGGAAGUAGCAGAGGGAAUCACCAACACUUGUCAUGAAAGUUACAUUCGAUCUUUCACGAAAUUGGGACCAGAAUCUUUUAGGUUUAGUGAUGCAGUUGAAGCAAAAGCUUUGAAAUCACAAGAAAAAUAUUACAUUCUUCGUCCUGAGACUAUUGAAAGUUAUUUCAUAAUGUGGCGAUUAACACACGAUCAGAAGUAUCGUGAUUGGGGUUGGGAUGUUGUUCAAGCAUUGGAACAACAUUGUAGAACAGAUGGUGGUUAUAGUGGGAUCAAAAAUGUUUACAGCGAUCCACCACAACAAGACGAUGUUCAGCAAAGUUUCUUCCUUGCUGAGACACUUAAGUACUUAUACUUGUUAUUUUCUGACGACUCGUUGUUACCAUUAGACGAAUGGAUUUUUAACACCGAAGCUCACGUUUUUCCAAUAAAGAAUGCGAAUCCACUUUAUCGCUUAGCUGCAUCAAGUUCGCCUUAAGUUACAAACAAAAAGAAACAUUAAUUAAGAAAGAAGAACAAUGUUAAGAAGUGAACACAGUCGAUUUGUCGCUGACAUCUGCAGCAUUUGCAUAAAUAAUUCUGAGAUUCAUGCAACGAAAUUCUACCUCUGCUCAGAUGUUAGUGUCAGGUCGAUGCAUCGAUUGAAUAGAAGAAUUAUUUGUAUUUGAUGAACAAAUGAAAGAAACAUGAAGAAACUAGGAAAAUUUUUAUUAAUUAUAUAAUUGAAAGAUAUUGUAAAUUAAUGGAUCCAUUUAAUUGAUCCCAGAUAAAUAUUCUAAACUAUUAAAUUUAUUCAGUCACUCUGAUCGAAACUUUUCUUCUUAAAUGCUUUAGCGAUUACAAAAAUAUUUUCAUUUUCCAUUUAUUAGCGGAACAAAAAAAGUUAUUUAAUUAAAGACAAAGCAUUGAACACACGAAUACUUCGAACAAACAUAAUCAAUAUUUCAAAGUUCUCUUCCAAUCCCUUAGCACAUAACAAAACAGUCAGACUCACAUUUAAUUAAGGAAAAGCACCAAACCGUGAUCAAUUUUCAACAAUCAAAUUAAUACGAAAAAUACUUCUUUUAAAUGAUAAUUAAAUAGUUGAAGAGUCAAAUAUCUUACCGAACAAUUCACAAAGGCUUUCAAAGCCUUCAACUUCAUUUAAAACUGACAUCAUCGUAAAACGAACGAACAAAAUUUUCCCAAAGAAAUCUUUUUUUUGUCUGACAUAAAUUUCUAUAAAGUUUGACAAAAUCAGUUACGGAAAUGAAGAUUUUUUUUAAUAGUUUCUCACAUUUCUUGUUGAAAUUUUUUCUAAUUAAAAUUCAGAAAUGAUGAAAGCGAGAAAAUCACGUUUAAAGAUUUCCUAUUAAAAAGAUUUUGUCAGACCUUUGUUCGAAAUCAUUUUGCAAAAACAUUAAAUUGAGAAGAAGAUAGCACAUUAUGAUGAAAGAUAAAAGAAAAUGAAAACUCAACUUAAUGAAGAGAAAAAAAAUCUUUAUUGAAGCAUUUGCAAUAAUUAUGUAAAUGAAGAUGAAGAUUUCUCUGAUUUUUGACUUUACUAAUUAUUGUGCCAAUUAUCGAAGCCCUUCCAAAACAUGAUUAAUUAAUGUGUUGUGAAACAAGAGCAGAUAACAAAGUUUAUCUCAUCGAGUCUUCGACAUCAUUUUGAAGAAAGAAAUAUAUUAAAAAAAAAAAGUAGAGCGAAGGGCACAUUUAAUAAGAUGAUUGUGAGAUACGUUUAAUAUUGACAAAUUGCGGCAGUUGAAACUGUUGUGUGAUAACUUAAAAAGAGAAACGUAAACAAAAACAUAGAAAAGUUUCAUUUAAAUAUUCUUUAUAAAUUUUGUUGUAAAUAAUUUUUCCACUCUGAUUUAAUCUGUCAUGCAAUAAGCUUUGCUUAUGAUUCGUUUCCUUUUAAAAGAUUUGUGUUAAGAAUUUUUUUUUGUUUUUAUGAUUUAAUUAAAAUGUUGAAUUUAUUUCUUAUGAAAAAAAAAACUGGGCUGAAAAUGUAAUGCCUUCAGAUGAAAAUAAUUAACAUUGAUGAUGUGUGGAAUGAUAUUAAAAAGAGAAAAUCAUUUCCAAUGUUUGUUUCUUAACAAAGAUCACGCACAUCAUGAGAGUUCAAAUAAAACUUACUUAAGAAAGCAAUUGGAAAUUUUCUCUCAUUUAUUUUCUCUUGUAAGGAGCUCAGAAACGGAGUUGUGUUCAGAUUUUUCCUUUUUCAUGGUAGAUUUUCCCACAAUUUUUUUAUGCCUUAAAAAUUUAAUGAACUAGCUACUAGCAUGGACUGACAUACAUAGCUGCAGUUGAAUUAUUAAGAUUUAUCUCAGUAGAGCUUUUGGAGCAAUCAUAACUAAUGGAAUUAACUCUUUUUAUAGUUUUUUUGUAGACGAAAUCUUAGGAGGUAAAUUUAUUAGAGAAAAAUCAUCUCCAGCUCACUGAUAAUCCCAAAAUUAAAAUUAAAAUUAGAUGAAAAAGAAUAAAAUUUCACUAGAAUUAGACUUUAAAAUGAAUUUCUCUAUAUUUGUAGUAUGAAUGAUGAACAGAAACAAUUCAUUUGAAUAAUAACAACAAAUCAAAAAUGAUAUUUAUUAAUAUGGGAAUGUGAAAGAGAUAAGAGCAAAUAAACAUUUUUUUUUUAAAUUUAAAA